CCUAAAGUCCCCAUUUGACGCUCGCUAGAGACGGCCCUGAUUGGACGGUCUCCCCACCACGCCUGCCCCCACUCGCUGGAAUCAGAAGCACCUGUUGCUCGCCUACCUGUUUUACUCGCUCCGUGGCCCGUGUCGUCAGUGCAUCGCGCGAAGUUGCGUCGAGAGGAGCGGCGUGUUUAAUCAUUCGCGAGGUUCUCUCAAUCGCGCGCGUAAGCGAACGUUCGUGAAAUCGCGUCGUGUUUCGCGGAAAGCUCGGCGAAGGAAAUGUCACGUCGCCGCGCUGACAUUCCCAGAAUCGAGAGUUGAGGAAAGUUUUUCGCUCGCGAUCUCGCGAGAAGUUAGUCGCGAAGUUGUCGUCGAAAGAGACUGAAACUUGACGUCACGAAGCAAACUUCGCGCGAGUGCAUCCACGCAUUGUCACGUUUCAACAACGAAGAACGAUGAGACGAUCGUGAACGACAAUCGAUUUCCAAAACGCAUAUCGACUGCAGAGGAAAGGUAAAAGUACUUGCUUGGCGAACCGGCGCCUCUCCGGGAACGAUCCCACACGCGCGAAACUAUGCGAUCAAAUUGACGACAGAAGAGAAGGAAGAAAGAGAGAGAGAGAUAGAAAGAGAGAAGGCAAGAACGGCCGCGACCGGUUGAAGCCGCGCGAGAAUAUGCGCGAGAGGCGGAUCUGAGCAAGCGAGUCAUGGAAGACGCAACAGCAGCAGCGCAGGAUACCUGCUUCGGGGCGGGCAGCGUGGCCGGAGCCGUGAUCGGGACCUUUCUGACGACGAUCCUUCUGCUCGCUGUCGCCGCGCUCCUCUACAGGCAGUGGCGCAGACAUAAGGGUAAACACCUGGUGCUGGUGACGGAUCCCGAGAUCGUCGAGGAUGCGUACGCCUUCGACAAUCCUUGCUUCAAGGACGCCACACCUACGACGGUCGGCCGCGUCACGGAGAGACCGUCUUCGGCCAUACUCGGGGACACACCCGCGAAAGAUUCCACGCGAUGGUCCACGCCCUGGACAUCCCUGGGCCUCGGAUCGGCUAUUCGCAGCGACAAACGUCGAACUCUCGACGAUUCCUGCGUUGGGCCCAAGGCCACCAGGGUCAGCGUGGUCGGUCUUCGGAGUCGCGACUUCACCGGCCUGGGCUUCAACGUGUGCGGCAACAUGAGGGAAGGCAUCUUCGUCAAGGAUCUGCUGCAUCGUGGCCCUGCGUCCGAAUCCGGACGGAUACAUCCUGGUGAUCGUAUCUCCAGCGUGAAGAUCAGCUUCCGCAACAUGGUGUACGAGGACGCGCUGACGAUUCUUAGCUACGCCUCGCCGUACGACGUGGAGCUGGAGGUGGAAAGCGGCGGUAAUGGCUCGAAGCCGACGACGUUGCUGAAGAAGAGCGUGGGUCCGAGCCCGACGAGGAUCUGCCAUCCUCUCUACAGGAGUCAAUCGAUCCCAGAGCUGUCGCAGGCCCAUAAAAACGUCGCGAAACGGCUCUUCAUAGCCGACCCGAACGAGUCAGUCGGCUCGAAUCACUCGACGAUGAACUCGACCUUCAAGUCGUCCAAGUCAACGCCGGGCAGCGGACAGAGUCUCGAGAGACGACACGACGAGACGACGAAGAACAAUCAUCACAAGUUCGGCAUCAAGGUGCUGCCGGCGCUGGACGGCACCGUGCACCGAAUCGAAAAUCAAAACGAGCACAACACGAACCUGGAGAGAAGGCACUCGCGCAAAUUGGACGCGGAGAAGCUGUUGACUUCUUCGAACAGACAGUCCACGACGUCGUCGAGCGAUGAACCGCUGAACGACGAGAGAAAGCUCUGCAACGAGCGUUUUCAACAACGCGUGGAUCAACCUGACGGCGUCGUCUCGGCGAGAAUCACCGUCGACGCGUUAGACAGCAAAGCCGGGAAGAAAAGUACAGAUUCUGGAAGUGGCGGGAUCAACAUACCGUCGGAGGUCCCAACAGAGGUGCACAACGCGGCCAUGGCGGCUCGCAGGAAUCGGAAGAGCACUUCGGAGCCGCUGAAGAUCAGUAGCUCGUCGCCGGACUCCGACAGCGCCAAGAGUCCGCAGAAGAAUAAACGGAAGGCGCCGGCGCCACCGAAAAGCGGCGGCAUCAACGAGAUACAACCGCUCGCGAAGAAAGACGCCAUUGAUACCAUCGACAGUAUCGCUGAUUAUACAGAGUCAUUGUGCGAUUACCUGAACAAGACGCGCGAGAACGCGGACGCUCGGAGGCACCGUUUGGAGAACCAGUCAACGGUGAAUAGACGCAACUCCGAAUCGGAUACCGACAACGAGAUGCAGAACAGCUUCACGACGAUUGAGCUGAAUCCGGCAGACAUCACCAUUCAUCGCACGCCUGUGCCAGAAGUGAAUGACGACGAUGAGGAUGACAUGUACAGAAAAGCGGCCAGUCUGGGCGAUCUGUCCAAGUAUGAGAACAGGACCGCGACGACUCUCGAGAGGGCGCAAAGUCUCGACAUGAGCGCCGAUACCAGCGCGAAGAAGCGCAAAGCGCCGCUGCCUCCUGAAGACAUCAAUGAAUCCACGGAGGAUCUUACCAAGCUCGAUCAAAUCGACUCCUUUGACCGACGAAAGUUGAAGAAGUCGAAUGAAUGGGGCACUCUGGAAGACGUAAUCUGGAGCGAAGCCGCCGCCGAAGCGGACGAGAAGACGCGCGGGAAAGCAAAUACAAGAAAGAAGAGCAAUGGCACUCUCGAGCGUUCCAAGUCCGCGGUGGAGAUCAAGCUGAAGGAGGAAGUCACCGCAGCGACGACAACAGACGACGAUGUGUCCGAGAAGAAGAAACUCGACAACGAUGCUCAAGAUAUCACCAGCAUCGAGCUGUACAACUUGCCGUUGAGCAAGCAAUUGACCCAGGAGUUUAUUCACAACGAACGGAUGUUCAAUCCGGAUGAGGACAAUUCUCUGGCUAGGAUCGUAAACGACGGUCGGGUGGUGAAGAGCCCGACUCCGAAGGAAGUGGAUCUGGACUUUCAGCUGGCCGACGAGAAACGCUCUUCUGAAGAGAGCCAACAUGAGAAGGAACUCUCUGGAAACGAUCCGGAAAAUUCCAUGUCAGAAAAGUCAGAGGACUUUAGUCGCGCUUUACGCUACUUCGAGCUGAACGCGAGCGUCUCGCCAACGGAGCCGACGACGAAGGCGAUCAGUCUGACGCGGCUAAACGAGCGGAGAGAAGAAAGAGCGCCUUUUAACGAUAUAUCGCUCUAUGCUGGUAAGCAGGCGGUUGUGGAAGAGCCUAUCUCGAAGACGAUCAUAGACAGGGGUUGUCACGGUUGCGAGAAUAGACAUGGCCAGCACAGCGCCGACUGCGAACGCGAGAAGCACGUCGACAAGCCGCAUCGCGUAACCGUGAGAUCGUUUUCGGAUGACAAUAGGACAACGACGACGAUGACGACGAGGGAGAACGUGGAGAAAGAAAUAGAAAGAGUCUGCACGCCGACGCAUCUGCGAAUUCACGCGUCCAAAUCAGAGCCGGGCAGGCACAACAAAUCCCAGGAUUCUAGGGAGGAGGUGCACACGGAGGGAAAGAACGGCGGUACCUUCUCCACGUUCCAAGUGCACCGGACAAAGUUCGAGCAACCGGGUGACAGAUAUUCGCCGAUCAAGUCAUCGACCGACUGCUCCUUCGUCGACACGCAUUUUGCCAGACGUAUUAUUAACGUCUCCGCUCAUGACGAGCAUGACGACGAAGAAGAGGACGAGUACGAGUUCGGUUCAGGCGUGACUGCGCACAGCAAGAGUCCAUCCUCGCCGAAGGAGGACCGUCACAACAUCAGCAGCGUCAGCGUGUCGAGUGGCGAGAACAGCGAAGACAGCGGUCUGGUUCGCGAGUCGAUGGAUUACAAUAAUCCACAUAAUUCGGAGAAUCGUCCACCUUUACCCGACACUCCCAUGCCGCUGAACACUGCCCACAAGAUGACCUACAUCACGGAAAUCAAGGUGUCGCCCAACAAGGAGGGCAUUCGCGAGACCGACAGCGAAAACGAGGACGGAGUAACCACCAAUGGCGAGUCGCGAAAAUCCUUGACGCAGCACGAGAUCAAGGUGACGUCGAACGGCAAACCCACGUCCGGUAAAAAACCGCCGGUACCGCCGAGACGAUCGGACAUCACGAGAAGCCCGAAGGAGGACAGGACGGACAAGCAGGUGGUUUACGUGGCAGAGUACAAGUCCGUGACAGGCAAGAAAGCCCAGAUUCUGGAUCCGCACCCAUCAGAGGUCAAGCAAUCGGAGGGUAAGAAGUUCGAGCACUGGAUCUUCAUGGCCGAUAAGGAGCAGAAUCGUUGGAACCCGGCUUCCAGUCAACCGCAGCCUGUCACGAACAUCAUGCUGUCGUCCAGGGACGACACGAAUUAGAAUAAUCGUGUUUGUCGCAUCUUCGUUAGAAAUGCAAAGUGGAAUUAAGCAUAGAUCGCUCAUUAAGAGAGACAUUUAUUCGGAAAAUGUUGGAAACGCCUUCUCUUCGUGUGUGAUGUUUCUUUACGAAAACGAAUAACAUAAUGAUUAUGAAUUAUAAUUAUUGAUGAAUGCAUUUUUCGAAUUCCCUGAAAACUAAAGAUCUUAGAUUUAAUGUCCCCUUUAAGAUAAUCGAUUUAAUCGAAGAUUUAAAAUCUAGAGAUUGAGUGUUGCGCUUAAUAAAUAUUUCUUGAGGUAAAUCAUA